ACUUUCAAUUUCAACAAGCACAACAACAACAACAUGUCUGGUCGUGGCAAGGGCGGUAAGGGUCUCGGCAAGGGCGGUGCGAAGCGCCACCGCAAGGUCCUCCGCGACAACAUCCAGGGCAUCACCAAGCCCGCCAUCCGCCGUCUCGCGCGCCGUGGCGGCGUCAAGCGCAUCUCGGGCUUGAUUUACGAAGAGACGCGCGGCGUGCUCAAGGUCUUCCUCGAGAACGUCAUCAAGGACUCGGUCACGUACACGGAGCACGCGCGCCGCAAGACGGUGACGGCCAUGGACGUCGUGUACGCGCUCAAGCGCCAGGGCCGCACGUUGUACGGCUUUGGCGGCUAAGUCUGAAGCGAUAGCGACGCAAGGUCGCUCACCCCACUGGUGUUUUUCAACACCACCCGUUCCACAGGAAUACAUCUUCUAUCUUUUACGCCCGAA